AUGGAAUAUUAUCAUUUUUAUCGUAGUUGGAUGUAUGAUAGAACAUAUCCAAGACUACGUGGACUUAAACCACAUAUUAAAGACGGAGUUUCUGCGUUUUUUACAUAUGUGUUUGCUCAAGAAUAUUGUCGAAGCGAAGGAUGGGUAAAAUGCCUGUGUUUAAAGUGUGGUUGCAGAAAUAUAAUUAGUGACCCAAAUGAAGUCAAACGUCACUUGGAGAAAGAUGGUUUUAGGCUAAAUUAUUGGGUGUGUUAUUCUAAUAGAGAAAUACUAUUAGAGAUGAAUAGAGAGGCUUCAAGCAGUCAAACACAUGUUGGAGUUGAGAUAGGUAGAGAGGCAUCAAGCAGUCAACCACAGUUGCAAGACCAGGGAAAAUUUAAUCUCAUUGAUGAUAUGAUUGGUGAUGCAUUAGGGGUGAAUGUGACUUAUGAUGAACCUCAAGAUUUUGAUGCAGAUGAGCUCCCAAACGAGGAAGCGCAAAAUUUUUAUCAAUUAUUGAAAGAAAUAAAUAUACCACUGUUUGAGGGGUCUUCUAACUCCAUGUUAUCCAUAUGUGUGAGACUCUUGGCUACGAAGUCAAAUUGGAAUGUUCCUAAUCAGUGUUUGGAAUUCUUUGCAAAAAUGAUGUUGGAUGCGACUCCUGUGAAAGAAAACAUGCCUACAAGUUAUUAUAAUGUGAAGAGAAUGGGACUAAAAGUGAAAAAGAUUGAUUGUUGUAUUGAAGGUUGUAUGUUGUUUUAUGAUAACGAGUUUGAUACAAAUAAUGGAGGAUUUGAGGAAUGUAAUUUUUCUCAGAGUCUGAGGGAUUUAUUUCGCAGUAAAGGCAUUGAUCGAAAGCAAAAAUGA